AUGUCGCCAGAAUCGUGGAAAGAAUACUUUAAACUCCAGGAGGCUGCCUCUCCGGGGCCAGAAGUAGCCGAAAGAAGUUUGCGGUCCCAAAGAUGUAGUUAUUGUGGCAAGGACUGUUGUGCACAAUGCAAAUGUGUAGUUUAUUGUGCAAAAAAUUGCCAGAAAAGACACUGGAAUGAUCAUAGGAACAAUUGUAAAACUCUUCGGGACCUGACAUGGGCGUGUCAAAACAAAACACGCAGCAAUAAUAAGACAUUUACCAGUCACCUAACUCCUAGUGAGCAUGCAAAGAUUGCUAAGCUAGUAGGAAGACGGUGCACUGUGAAGUGUUCUCUAAAUGAACUUGAGUCAACAGUAUUAUGGGAUAUGGGUGUACAAGUAUCUAUCGUGUCCAAAGAAAUGAUGGGAAAACAUUUUCCUAAAAAUGUUAUAAAGAACAUUUCAGAACUUAUUAAUGGUGAAUUGGAUUUAACAGCAGCUAAUGGUACACGAAUUGCGUAUAGUGGUUGGACUGAGAUAGAAGUUUGA